AAUCCGGUUAGUCGGUUACUCUUCUCAUUCAUUCCAUUGAUGAGUUUUUUUCUCUCUUCAGCUGCCAACAAUAUAAAUACUGAGAAGCAGCGAACCGUUUUUCAUUCAUUUGUUUUUUUCUCAAAACUCAACCCUCACAACACAACACACAUAGUCACACACAAUUGAACAAGAAUCUGAUGCACCAAAAUAUCACAUAUAGCAUAUCAUAGUUUAGUUUUUUUUGUUUAUCAUUUAACACACACAUAUAUAGUGGAGGCAGAAGCAAAUUACUACAAAAUUUGUUGGAUUUAUCAUCAUCAACAACAACUAUGGCAGAUAAUGAUCAAUUUCAAGCAAGUGGGAACUGGUGGGAAACAGCAAGAAGCGUGAGGUAUGAGAGCGGAGCAUCACAGUCAUCUUCCUCAGCCAUCACCAACAUAGGCAACAACUUUGGUUGGCAACAAGGUUCUGAUAUGGCAGACAUGAAGCCAAGGUCUUCCAUGGAUUCUUCUUCUGUGGUUUUCCAUGACACACAGAAUAAUAAGCUUCAGCAACCAGAUUCUGCCACUUCAACUGACCCCAACUUGCAUAUGAUGGGGCUAGGCCUUUCUUCCCAGACCAUGGAUUGGAAUCAAGCAUCUUUGUUAAGAGGAGAGAAGGGUACGGAGAACAGUUUCCGGUCGAUGCUGCAAGAGAAUUUGAGCUCAUCAAGGACCAAUUUUCAGCAAGAAACUGGGAAUAUGGGGUUGUCUCAACAAGUUCAAUGGAGGUCAGAGAAGAUGUUCUCUUCAGAGUCUUCAACCAAUGAGUUCAAGCAAGUGAAUAAUAGGGGUGGUGGUGGCUUCUCUUUGGAUCAAAGCCAGUUUAGUCCUCAAUAUAGCUCUGGGGACAGCACAGUGACAAGCCAAGGGUUACCCUCUUCUAACUUUCAGAUUGAUUCUUCAGCCUUAUAUGGGACCCCUUCAAUCUUGCAAGGACUAUUGGGACCUGAUCACAAUAACCAACCCCAACAACAACAACCUAUGAGUUUUCCAUACCAAACAACAAGCUAUGGGUUGAACUCUAAUGAGUUGGUUCCUUCUUGGUCCAAAGUUCCUCAAUUCUUGAGAGCUUCACCUCCAAAACAACCACCCAAUAACCAGUUGCAUUUCACUAACAACGCAACCUUUUGGAAUGAUUCUGAGGCUGCAAACAACAAAGAUGUUCGCCCCAGCUUCUUCCCCUCAUUGCAACCCCCUUUCUCUACGCCAAAUUUUGAAGUACAGUCAAAGAAUAUAUCAGAAGUUAGGGAGUCAGGUACCGUGGUAAAGAAAAGUGGGAAUGAGCCAGCACCCAAAAGGACCCGUAACGAAUCACCAUCUCCUUUGCCAGCUUUUAAGGUGAGAAAAGAGAAGAUGGGGGACAGAAUCACUGCACUCCAACAAUUGGUGUCGCCUUUCGGAAAGACUGAUACAGCCUCAGUGCUCUCUGAAGCCAUUGAAUACAUCAAAUUCCUCCACGAACAGGUCACUGCUUUAAGUACCCCGUAUAUGAAAAGUGGAGCUCCAAUGCAGAUUCAACAGAAUUCUGGCAAAUCUAAGGAAGCUGAGGGUCCAAAGCAGGAUCUAAGAAGCCGAGGGCUAUGCUUGGUGCCUGUUUCGAGUACAUUUCCCGUGACUCAUGAAACCACAGUUGAUUUUUGGACACCAACAUUCGGAGGAACUUCUAGAUAACAAUAAUAUUAAGGGUAAAAUGUGUUUUAGUUCUUUAAUUUUUUUUAUCAAAAUUGUUUAGUCCAUAUUUUAUAAGAGAAAUAUUUUGGUCUUUGUAUUUUAUAAUGGAUGAAUUUCGUCUUCUUUAUAAAACCUAUGGUACUAAGAUAAGGGAUGAAAUUCAUCUAUUAUAAAAAUUACAAGGACCAAAUUUUGAAGAAAAUUAAAGAAGCUAAAACACAUUUUACCCUAAUCCUAAUAAUGGAGUGGAUGGAGAAUUGGGACACGGAACCAAUACCCUGCAAGUAGCUAGCUAGGACAUGCAUGUACCUUAUCACACACCUGGCCUGCAAGUUGGGAAUGAUAUGAUGAAAGAAAAGCGAAACAGAAAGAGAACACGGAAGCCCACAUAAAUAUGUAAAGGUAGUUAGUUCUGCAGGGGUGUGGAAAAGAUGUAUUUAAAAGAGAUGGGGGAAAAUGUGUUUGAAAGAGAAAGAAAGCGAAAUGACCGUUCAAAAGAUAGCCAUAGUUGGACCAACUACAUUCAGAAUUAUGCUGGGUUUGGGGCAAUAUUGGGACCAUUGGGGGCAGAAUAAGUUGUUGUAAUAAUUGAAGAAUUAUGCUUAGAAUAGUGGGAUUAAUUAGGCGUGAUAAAAUUGCUGAAUAUAUAUAGAGAAAGUUAAGUUCUUUCUAAUUCCUAGACUAAACAAGAGGAAGAAAUUGUUGUUAGCACAAGAUAAAGGAGCUUUAUUAAUUUCUUGUUGCUAUUUGUGAAUAGAGCUGGCACUACGUACCUUUAUCUCUAGAGAAAAAAGAAUUUAAUUUGAGAGAAUCAUUGAAGUAUAGAAUAGAAGUGUGAGUGAAGGGAUGCGUCAUUUGAUUGGAAACCGCACUUUUUAUUUGUUUAUGUCUUUGGAAUAAGUAAGUGGAAGUCAGAAGGUGGCCCACGCUCCUCCUUUAGGGUUUUCAAAAAUUUUCAAAUAAAUGUUUUAUUUAACAGAAAGAUUAAUUAGAAAUAUAUUUAUAUUUGUAGAUGCUUUUUCACAUGCUUUUGUGCUUUAUACCGAAUGGCCACAUAGGUGCCCUUCCAUUGGAAGUAUGUGUAGAAAGAAAAGAGGAAAUUCAUGAAUAUUUAUAUCCUCUGAUGAGGACUUCUGGAUUA